UCUCGCUGAGGGGCCGGCGAUGGCCCUGGUGCCCUCGCCGGGGAGCUGGAGCAGCGAGGACUCCGACUUCGGCCCGGCCGAGGAGGAGCAGCUGCCGCAGGGCCUGGACGCCGUGGUGGAUUCGUACCACUUCCCGAUGGCCGGCUUCCGCUUCAUGUUCCUCGACAUGGUCCACUCGCUGCUGUACCGCAUCUACUACAACGACCACGUCCUCAUCCGCACCCGCGGCGGCCGCCUCAUGGUGCGGCCCCGGCCUCGCACGCCCGAGGCCUCCCAGCCGCUGCCCGCGCUGCAGGCGCCCGAGCCG